AUGGCAAGAGUCUAUGCCAUUUUGGAGUUGUCUCCAUGUGGUUGUGAGCCAACAGUGGAAUUCAAGAUCCCAGGAUCUGAAUCUGAUCCAACCUUGAUGAACAUGCUCGACUGUCAGAUCUUCCCUCUUGGCCACCACUACAGAAUGAUUGGCGAGGAACCUAAAGAUUACAGAGGACUCGCUUUUCUCUGCGAUUUUGGUAGGUUCAAAUGUAGAGUGAGUCGGCUAGAUGAUGAGGAGGAUGGUAAAUGGGUCGAGGUUACUGAUUUGGGAGAUCGUGUGCUGUUUAUUGGACGUUUUGGAAAUGUGUGCUGCUCGGUGAAGGAGCUUCCUGAUGGUUGUGGUUUGAGUAGGAACUCAUUGCUGUUCACUAAUGGCCCGGAGAGUGUAAGUUACUUGUAUAAAUAUGGAGUAGAUACAGGAAAUGUGGAAGACGACCUUUGUUUUUGGAUAUUGUCGAGAGAGAAUCCUGUGACGUUCCUCAGUACAUAUCCUGUGUUGGCCUUUCGGGUUGAGUGCUAA